AUGUUUAUCAAUACAAUUAUUUUUAUUGUAUUAACAUUAUUAACUCAAAGUGCCUGGAGCAAAUUUGAUGUUGCAUCUUCAAAACCAAAUUGUACUGUACAACACAAUGGACAACAAUUAAGUGAGGGUGAUAGUAUUGAUGUUCAAGGGAAGUUAUAUAAAGUUGAAGAUUGUGAACUUCAUCGAGCGUAUCAUGCAUGUGGAACUCAUGUUUUGUUUAUAAUUAAUAUUGUUUGCCAAGCUCUAGAAAAGCAUAAAAUAAGUCCAAGUAAGCAGCGAUUUUCUCGAUUUGUCAAACAAAAAUUGCUGACAGAAGCUUGUUGCCAAAGUUUAUGUACCAUUUCUGAAAUGACACGUUAUUGUCCUUAA